UCACGUAGAGCGAGUUUUGUAGUACCAGAUAUUGAUGCUUCCAAGCAAUUAAGCUUCUUGCUUUCUAAAUCGAUAUCGAAUCCAUUAUUAUCUCACAAACACGCAAGGUCCCGCGAUUCUGAUUAAGCAGUAGAUUCACUUUUUCAAAGCAUCACUUUCCAUAUCACUGAUCUUCAUGCUUUGCAAAGCGGCAAACCGGGUCCUUAACCGAAACGAACCAACAUUUUUGGAAGAAACAUGUUCGAGGAUCCUGUCAUUUUGCAACUCCAACUCUUUGAAACAAGGUAUAUCUGUUCACAGCCCUGUAAUAAAACUGGGUCUUCACCAUCAUUUGUAUUUGAACAACAACCUCUUGUCUCUCUACGCCAAAUGCUUUGGAGUGAACAAAGCACGCCACUUCUUCGACAAAAUGCCACAUAAAGAUGUGGUCUCUUGGACUGGGAUUCUAUCAGCUUAUGUCAAGAAUGGAAACCAUGAUACAGCCCUUCGUGUUUUUGAUUCCAUGUUAAUAUCUGGGGAAUCCCCGAAUGAGUUCACGCUUUCGAGUGUGCUACGUUCGUGUUCUUCUAUGGGGGAGUUUGAUUAUGGGACUUGCAUUCAAGGUUAUGUAAUAAAAGAAGGGUUUGAUCAAAACCCGGUUUUAAUCAGCGGUUUGAUUGACUUUUACUCAAAAUUUGGUUUAGUAACUGAAGCUUCUAACUUGUUUAUCACUAAAGGGAAUCAUGAUACUGUUACUUGGACUAUGAUGAUCUCUUCAUGUGUUCUAGCGCAGAGAUGGGUUCAAGCUUUACAGCUUUAUGUCGAUAUGGUUAAGGUUGGGGUUGCUCCUAAUGAGUUUACUUUUGUGAAGCUUUUGGGAGCAUGUAGUGUCCAUGGUUUAAACUAUGGAAAAUUGGUUCAUGCUCAUAUAUUGUUAAGGGGAGUCAAGUUGAAUGUGGUAUUGAAAACGGCCUUAGUCAAUAUGUACUCGAGAUUUCGAAGGAUGGAAGAUGCGAUAAAGGUCUCGAAUUCGACACCUGAAUAUGAUACCAUGUUGUGGACAGCUCUUAUUUCCGGGUUUGCACAAAACUCUAUGUUUCGAAAGGCUGUAUCUACAUUUCAUGCAAUGGGGGUCUCUGGAAUUAUACCGAAUAACUAUAUCUUUUCCAGCAUCUUGAAUGUCUCCUCGUUGAUGUUGUCUCUGGCACUCGGUCAACAAGUUCACUCGAGGGUGGUAGUGACCGGUUUGGAGGGUGAUGUUUCAGUUGGAAAUGCUCUUAUCAACAUGUAUGUCAAAUGCUCUGAUAAUGUUGAAGAUGCUUUGAGAGUGUUUAGAGGAAUAAGCUUACCGAAUGUCGUUUCGUGGACCUCUUUGAUUGCAGGUUUUGCUGAACAUGGUCUUCAACUCGAUUCUUUUCACUUGUUUACGGAGAUGAGAGAAGCAGGAAUAGAACCGAAUUCUUUUACCAUCUCUAGCAUCAUCAGGUCCUUUGGUGCUGCAAAAUUGCUUCCUCAGAUACUAAUGCUGCAUGGACAUGUUGUGAAAACAAAUUUAUAUGAAGAUAUAGCUGUUCAGAAUGCUCUUGUAGAUUUUUAUGCUGAAUUCGGAAUGCUAAAUGAUGCAUGGCAAAUAGUUGAUACGAUGAAUCGUAGAGAUGCAAUCACAUAUACUACUUUGGCCUCGAGAAUGAAUCAAAUGGGUCAUCAUGAGUCAGCAUUGCACAUUAUCACUGAUAUGAAAAAUGAUGAUAUCAAGAUUGAUGAAUUCAGUACAGCCAGUUUCCUAUCUGCAUCAGCCGAUUUGGGCACAAUAAUGACCGGAAAGCAACUUCACUGUCAUUCCGUAAAAUCAGGUUUGUGCAAGUGGUUUUCAGUAUUAAACGGGCUAGUCAACUUGUACGGAAAAUGCGGAUGCAUACACGAUGCACAAAGAGCUUUCGGGGAGAUUGGAAUGCCAGAUAUUUUUUCAUGGAACGGGUUGAUAUCUGGAUUGACAUCAAACGGGUACAUUCCCUCCGCUCUCUCUACCUUCGAUGACAUGAAACUAUCCGGAGUUAAACCGGACGCUAUAACAUUCUUGUCCAUACUGUCUGCUUGUAGUAACGGUAAAUUAACCGAUCUCGGCCUUGAGCAUUUUCAAUCCAUGAGAGAAAUAUACAACAUAGAGCCACAAUUAGACCAUUAUGUUCACUUGGUCGAUAUACUUGGUCAAGGUGGCCGCCUAGAGGAAGCUAUGGAAGUCAUACAAACAAUGCCAUUUACAGCCAACACUUCGAUCUACAAAACAUUACUCCGAGCCUGCAAAGCACAUAGAAACAUACCGUUAGCCGAACAUACGGCUAAACAAGGCCUUGAACUCGACCCAUUGGAUCCAGCCUUCUAUAUACUGCUAACGAACUUAUACCAAGACGCCGGUCGACACUACUUAGCCGAGAGGACACUUACGGUUAUGAAAGAAAAACAAUUGAGGAAGAACCCUAGCCAUUGCUGGGUGGAGAUUAGGGACAAAGUUCAUGUCUUUGUUGCAGGGGAAAGAUCACAUCCACGAACAAAUGAAAUUUAUGAGCAAAUAGAAUCUUUUGAAGCUGAGUUUAAGAAGCAUGGAUAUUUAUUUCAAGGCAUUGGGCAUUCAUAUUAUCACAGUGAGAAGCUAGCAGUUGUAUUUGGUCUUUUAAAUACACCUUCUAAAGCUACUAUAUAUGUGAUUAAGAAUAGUAGCAUUUGCAGAGAUUGCCAUAACUUUAUGACAUUUGUGACUCAGUUGAUUGAUAGGGAAAUAAUUGUAAGAGAGGGUAACCGUUUGCAUUCCUUUAGAAAGGGAGAGUGUUCAUGUAGAGGCUAAUGAUUUUUGAAAUGAUAAAUUCAACAUGAAAUUUCGCAAUAA